CAAUCUUUCAAUUCAACCCCUCCUCCUCCUUGUCUAUAUCCAACACAGAUCCAAGGCAAAGAGUAAUACGUGCGAGAUACUUUUCGGGAGGCAACGGGAUCAGUAAUGCACAGGUGAAACAUCAAGCCGCACUCCAACCGCAUCCUCAGCAUCAGCAUCAGUGCAGUGCUUUCACAUUGAUGAAAGCUCAUGGAUAUUACUGACCAGCAGCAGCAACAGCAGAAGCAGCAGCAGCAGCAACAGCAGCAACAGCAGCAGCAGGUUUUAGGAAGACUUCCCUGAGAAACACUGAGCUGAUGCUGGAAAUGUGCGCUUUGCUCGGAGGUAUCGCUGCUUUUAAAUGGGAUGCAUCCCCUCCAGGCUUCUGAUGCCGUGCACAUCCAUCCACCCUUCAUUUGAGUGAUGAACUAACAGGGAACGCAAAGAUCCGCCGUGUCUUUCACGUUAGUUUAUAACGGGCUGCACGUUCCCCCUCUGCAGCACAUGCAAUUUAUAUUGUAGCCUAUCUAUUUUUAUGACCUUUAUUACUAAGAAGAAUACCUUUGUUUUGCCAGGUCUAAAGAGAAUAUUUUACCUCUUGCAUGAAGACGCUUGGAUAGUAAUACAUAUUUUUCUAUGAUACUACUGGAAAACUGAGCAUCCCAUUGUGUUCUUAUUAUUAUGCAACCACAGGGAUCUGUUCUUUAUCAGGGUGUCUAAGCUGUUGGAUCGCUCCUCGCCCAAAUCAAUGUGGUUUCUUUGGAACAUUUUCAGCAAAGGAACGCAUAUGCUGCAGUGUCUUUGUGGCAAGAGUCUUAAGAAGAACAAGAACCCAAGUGAUCCCCAGCUCAAGGGUAUAGUGACCAGGUUAUAUUGCAGGCAGGGAUACUACUUGCAGAUGAACCCAGAUGGAUCUCUUGAUGGGACUAAGGAUGACAGUAGUAAUUCUUCGUUGUUCAACCUCAUCCCUGUGGGCCUUCGGGUCGUUGCUAUUCAGUCUGUGAAGACGGGCUUGUACAUCGCCAUGAAUGGAGAAGGCCAUCUGUACACAUCAGAACUGUUUACGCCGGAAUGCAAGUUUAAAGAGUCUGUGUUUGAAAACUACUAUGUGAUCUACUCAUCCAUGCUGUAUAGGCAGCAGGAGUCGGGGAGAGCAUGGUUCCUUGGCUUAAAUAAAGAUGGCCAGGCCAUGAAGGGGAACCGGGUGAAGAAAACUAAACCAGCUGCUCACUUCCUGCCCAAGCCAUUAGAAGUCGCUAUGUACCGAGAGCCAUCAUUGCAUGACGUGGGGGAGACAGUGCCCAAACCUGCCGUGCCUCCCAGUAAAAGCACAGAGCCGGCCAUCAUGAACGGAGGCAAACCUGUCAGCAAGGAAACCAAGCCCACCACAUAGCCAGAUCCCAUCUCGGCCAUGCUCAACCCCGGAGAGCCGUACUCCUUUUGUCAGACUCUCCAUGUUUGUGGAUCAGAUCCAGGCAUCCUCUGCUCUCUCCUCCCCAUUCCCUCCACCCCUUUCACUCCUCUGACUGUUCCGAUCUAAUUCGACGACGGUCUGGCUCCGGAAGAGUGGUCAGCUGUGCACGUAAGAGGAUGCGACUGGAUAAACCAGCUAAACUUUCACCAUGGAAUGCCCUAACUGAUACGGAAUGCCUUUUGACAUACAAUAAAGCCGAUGUUUUUUCUGUAAUCGAGACAAUCCACAAGAAUGAAAUUGUGUACCACAGGCGCUUGCGUGGCGGUUCUUUUGCCUGCUAACAGUCACCCGUUAUAACCCUUUUCUUGAACCCUGUCGCAACAGCAGAGACCGUACAUUUCAGAUCUAUUUUCUAUAUACACAGU